GGAUUAGAUAUAAACAAAGUUCAGACUUUCUUCGAACACUCUUUUUUUAAGGGUUAGACAGCCAUUGUCCCUCCAUGAUACAGCAGAUGGAACUUCUUUAUUACUUCAUUUUGCUCCCAUUUUUCAACUAUUAAGCCAAAUCCCAAGACCUGGUAAACCUUAACUCAUACCAUUUUCUUUUCUUUAAAAAAUUUUUUUUUUCUUCCAACGAUCUUCUUCUGGACUUUCUCUUCUUCAACUUGACCCAUUUGGGUUUUGGAUUUCUUUUUUCUUUAAUUCUUCAAUUUCUUGCAGCUUUUCUUAUCUUUCUUUGGUUUCUAUUUUGAUCUCAAAGCUUUCACUUACUGAAUUUGAGAUCCGAGUAUUUGUAUUUGUUAUUCUGUUGUAGCGUGGAUGAUUGGAUUUGUUAGUUGGUAAUCGAUAAUUGUGUUGACUUUUUUUUAUCUUUUUGGUGGGGUGCACUUUGUUUCCAGAAAUCAGGUUCUUAAACUUGCUUCUUCAAUCAUAAUGUUUCAUAAUUUUUGUAAUCAUGAGUAUUGUUUUUAUGGAUAAAUUUUCAAGUUUGGAGGGUAACGGUAACUUCCUCUCUUUUGGUAUCAAAUUGUAGUUCAUUUUGUAAGGCAUGGUUCAAGUUCUGUUCUGGAAAUAACAUUUUCCCUCAAAAGCCUAGAGGAGAAUUUAGGGAACUUGGCUUUUAUUAGGGAGAUCUGAUCUUUAUGUGCUGGAUUGACCCAUCUAUUGUUUUUAGAUAUUGAUGUUAAAACUAGUGGCAGUAUUUUGAAGAAGAAAUUUAAGUGUGAGAGUAGAUGGGUAAUACUUGUGUAGGACCAAGCAUCUCCAAAAAUGGAUUUUUCCAAUCGGUUUCUGCUGCAAUGUGGCGGUCCCGAAUGCCUGAUGACUCUGUUUCUCAUACUAAUGGGGAAACUGGGAGUGAGGUAGCAUCUAAAGAACCUGAAUCACCAUUACCAGUCCAAAACAGACCUCCAGAACAAGUGACAAUGCCCAAACCAGAGACCAAACCAGAAAAUAAACCAGAAACUAAUCCUGAAAAACCAUCAAAACCCAAGUCCCCUCAUAUGAAGAGGGUGUCUAGUGCAGGGCUCAGGACUGAGUCAGUGUUACAAAGAAAGACUGGUAAUUUCAAGGAAUAUUAUAGCCUGGGGAGGAAAUUAGGACAAGGGCAAUUUGGGACGACUUUUCUUUGUGUGGAGAAGGCAACUGGAAAAGAGUAUGCUUGCAAAUCGAUUGCAAAGCGAAAGCUGGUAACUGACGAUGAUGUAGAGGAUGUGAGAAGAGAAAUUCAAAUAAUGCACCACUUGGCAGGGCAUCCAAAUGUUAUAUCAAUAAAAGGGGCUUACGAGGAUGCAGUGGCAGUUCAUGUUCUUAUGGAAUUAUGUGCUGGUGGAGAGCUUUUUGAUAGAAUUGUUCAGCGUGGACAUUACACGGAAAGAAAAGCUGCUGCACUUACAAGGACUAUAGUUGGGGUUGUGGAAGCUUGCCAUUCUUUAGGGGUUAUGCAUAGAGACCUUAAACCUGAGAAUUUUCUUUUUGUCAAUCAGCAGGAGGAUUCACUUCUGAAGACGAUUGAUUUUGGAUUAUCAGUAUUCUUUAAGCCAGGUGAAAAAUUUACUGAUGUGGUUGGGAGCCCGUACUAUGUUGCCCCAGAAGUCUUACGAAAGCGUUAUGGUGCAGAAGCAGAUGUAUGGAGUGCAGGAGUAAUUCUUUAUAUUCUCUUAAGCGGAGUUCCUCCCUUUUGGGCUGAAUCCGAGCAAGGUAUAUUUGAACAGGUCUUGCAUGGUGAUCUUGAUUUUGAGUCAGAUCCUUGGCCUAGCAUCUCUGAAAGUGCAAAAGAUUUGGUGAGGAGAAUGCUUGUUCGCGACCCCAGGAGACGGUUAACUGCACAUGAAGUUUUGUGUCACCCUUGGAUACAGAUUGAUGGUGUUGCUCCUGACAAGGCUCUUGAUUCUGCAGUUUUAAGUCGUAUGAAACAAUUUUCUGCGAUGAAUAAGCUCAAGAAAAUGGCCCUUAGAGUAAUUGCGGAGAGCCUAUCUGAAGAAGAAAUAGCUGGCCUCAAAGAAAUGUUCAAGAUGAUAGACACUGACAACAGUGGUCAGAUCACCUUUGAAGAACUUAAAGCAGGAUUGAAAAGAGUUGGAGCGAAUCUUAAGGAGUCUGAAAUUUAUGACCUUAUGAAAGCAGCUGAUGUUGAUAAUAGCGGCACAAUCGAUUAUGGGGAAUUUGUAGCUGCUACACUGCACCUAAACAAAAUCGAGAGAGAAGAUCAUUUAUUUGCUGCCUUUUCCUACUUUGAUAAGGAUGGUAGUGGUUAUAUUACUCCAGAUGAGCUCCAACAAGCAUGCGAGGAGUUUGGCAUAGAGGAUGUUCGCCUUGAGGAAAUGAUUCGAGAAGUUGAUCAGGAUAAUGAUGGACGCAUUGAUUACAAUGAGUUUGUGGCCAUGAUGCAGAAAGGAAACCUUGCCUCAAACGUCGCCGGUGCUGGUAAGAAAGGCCGACAAAAUAGUUUUAGCAUCGGAUUUAGAGAAGCAUUAAAACUUUAGUACAGGCAACAGUUCAAGUUCUUGUUUUCUGUUUUUUUUUUUUUGUUUUUUUUGUGUACUUUAAUUUUUGAGGGCAUUGAGAUUUGUAUAGUAAGGAGUACCAGUGGUGAUUGUAAGGAGCAGGCAGUUGAUUGCAUUGGGUACUUGUCCUUUUUCUUGCCCCCUUUCUUAGCAACUAAAAUUAGCCCCAUGAUAAGGUUGUAUACUUCAGACACAAGUUGUGUGCUUCUUUUGGCUUUUUUUCUUUUUUUUUUUCUUUUUUAUGUUCAUCAGAACCCCUUUAUCUUAACAGUAUCUUUGACAAUGAAACUCUUUUUCUUAUUUUUGGACAAA